AUGCUUAGAACCAAACUCUUCACAGGAGUACUGUCGUUGGCAGCACUGAGAACAGCAACGAAUCGUGCUUUUGGCUCUUCUGCCCGGCGUUUGAACAAACCUCCUCCUCCUGCUCCUGGUAUCCUCAAGUCGACGUUUAAAACUGUUGGCUAUGGCUCGCUUGCGGUAGCAUUAUGUUCAAUUGGCUACAUUAGUUUCAAGGUUUGGCGUGAAUCAUAUCCUAAACAGCAAGAGAAGCAGGCACCCACUUUUCCAGACGGUAUGAAAAGGAAGACAUUGGUUAUUUUGGGUUCUGGAUGGGGUUCCAUUUCACUUUUGAAAAAGUUGGAUACCACAUUGUAUAACGUGGUGGUCGUGUCUCCUCGUAAUUACUUUCUCUUCACUCCAUUGUUGCCUUCGUGCCCGACGGGCACUGUGGAAGUGAGAUCGAUCAUUGAACCUGUGAGAGCAAUCACGAGAAGAUGCCCUGGCGAGGUUAUUUACUUGGAAGCGGAGGCCACUGAUAUCGAUCCUGCUAAUCAUCGUAUCACGAUCAAGCAGCUGACUACUGUCCAUUCAGGUCAUUCUGGUAAAGAUUCAAGUUCUGCAAAACCAUCCUUAUCAGAGGAUAUUGUUACCUCCUUGAAUUAUGAUUAUUUGGUUGUUGGAGUAGGAGCUCAGCCGUCGACUUUUGGUCUUCCCGGGGUUGCAGAACAUUCAACUUUCUUGAAGGAAGUGAGUGACUCCAUGAAAAUUAGGAGAAGAUUGAUGGAUGUCAUCGAAGCUGCUAACAUUUUGCCAAAGGAUGAUCCUGAAAGGAAACGGUUAUGUCACAUUGUUGUUUGUGGUGGUGGCCCUACUGGAGUUGAAGUUGCUGGUGAGUUACAAGAUUACAUUGACCAGGACUUGAAGUCGUGGAUGCCCGAAAUUGCUUCAGAUCUCAAGAUUACUCUUGUUGAAGCAAUGCCUAACGUGUUAAGCAUGUUCAACAAAAAGUUGGUAGAGUAUACCAGUCAGGUGAUGCAAGAUACCAAUAUCAACUUACUAUGCAGUCAUUACGUCAAGAAAGUCACGGACAAAACGGUGUAUGCUGUUAGUAAAGAGGAUCCUAGUGAGCUCAGCGAAAUUCCUUACGGCAUGUUGAUAUGGGCUACGGGUAAUGCCAAACGUCCGAUUAUUACUAACUUGUCAUCGAAGAUCGAGGAGCAGAAGAAUGCAAAGAAGGGACUUUUGAUCGACGAAAGGUUGCUCGUUGAUGGUACUGAUAAUAUUUGGGCACUAGGCGAUUGUACUUUCACUAAGUAUGCUCCCACCGCACAAGUAGCUUUCCAGGAAGGCAUUUUUUUGGCAGAGCAUUUCCACCGUUUACAUGAGAUCGAAUCAUUGAAGUACAAGGUCAACAAUUCCAAGCCCGAAGAUCGCGUCGAACGAUACAGGAAGAAGUUAACGAGAGUUCAAAGCAAUUUGCCAGUAUUUGAAUACAAUUACCAGGGCUCUUUGGCUUACAUCGGGUCUGAGAGAGCUGUCGCUGAUUUGGUCUGGGGUGACUGGUCAAAUGUUAGUACGGGUGGCCCAUUUACAUUUUUGUUGUGGAGAUCUGCUUAUAUUUACAUGUGUCUCUCUGUCAAGAAUCAGAUUUUGGUCUGUUUCGACUGGUUAAAGGUUGCCUGGUUCGGGCGUGACAUCUCGAAGGAAUGA